UGUAACACUCAUUUUCACUGUUCCACCAAACCUAACGAAUAAGAGAAAGAAAACGCUGAUACUAACGCACAAAGAAGAAAAUAAACACUAAGCCCCUCCGUUUCCCUCUGUUUUGCUCCUUUCUCUCGCGAGACUCACCGAUGGCGGAAGGUUCUGGAAGGAAGCUGAUGGUGGAGGUUUGCAAUGCGAAGAACCUCAUGCCCAAGGACGGCCAAGGAACCGCGAGCGCUUACGCGAUCGUGGAUUUCGACGGCCAGCGGCGGCGAACCAAGACCAAAUCCAGAGAUCUCAAUCCUCAAUGGGACGAGACGCUCGAGUUCGUGGUCCACGAUAGAGACUCCAUGGCUUCGGAGACGCUCGAGGUGAAUCUCUACAACGAUAAGAAGGCAGGGAAACGAAGCACUUUUCUCGGAAAAGUUAAAAUAUCCGGAAGCAUGUUUGUGAAGUCAGGUUCAGAAGCGGUUGUGUUUUAUCCGUUAGAGAAGAGGAGCGUCUUCUCUCAGAUCAAAGGAGAGCUCGGUCUCAAGGUGUGGUUCGUCGACGAAGAUCACCCGGAAACAGAGAACGCCGCAGAGGAGAAAGCGGAGCCAGCGCCGUCGGCGGAGGAGAAGCAACCGGAGAAUCCGGUUGAAGAAGAUAAGGCUAAGGCAGAGGAAAAGAAAGAAGACAAGGAAAAGCCUAAAGAAGAAUCUAAAGAAGAAGAAAAACCGAAGGAGGAGGCUGCGGCGGAGGCGGCGCCGCCUCCGCCGGAGGUGGAGAAUCCACCGGUUGCGCAGACGGAGAGGCCGAAGGUGUUGAAGGAGAAGCACGGCGAAGUGCAAAAGCGUGCGGAUCUGAACGUAAGCGAUCACGAACUGCGUUCUCUGAGCGGCGAUCGUAGCCGCAGCGCUUACGACCUCGUGGAUCGCAUGCCGUUUUUAUACGUUCGUGUGGUGAAGGCGAAGCGAGCGAAAGCGGACACCGGUUCGACCGUUUACUCGAAGCUUGUGAUUGGGACUCACAGUGUGAAGACCAAAAGCGAGAGUGAAGGCAAAGACUGGGAUCAGGUUUUCGCCUUCGAUAAAGAGGGCCUGAAUUCGACGUCGUUGGAGGUUUCCGUUUGGUCAGAGGAGGUAAAAGAAGGGGACGAGAAAAGCGAGAGUUGUCUUGGAACGGUGUCGUUUGACCUGCAGGAAGUGCCUAAGAGAGUUCCACCGGAUAGUCCUCUGGCUCCGCAGUGGUACACUUUGGAAUCUGAAAACUCGCCGGGAAAUGACGUCAUGCUCGCCGUUUGGAUCGGGACUCAGGCCGAUGAGGCUUUUCAGGAGGCUUGGCAGUCGGAUUCCGGCGGGUUGAUACCGGAGACCCGAGCUAAAGUGUAUCUUUCUCCCAAGCUUUGGUAUCUGAGACUAACGGUCAUCCAAACCCAAGACUUGCAGCUAGGUUCGGGAGCCGAGGCUAAGGUUCGGAAUCCGGAGCUUUACGUUAAGGCUCAGCUCGGCCCACAGGUUUUUAAAACAGGAAGAACCUCACCCGGCUUGGCUAACCCAACGUGGAACGAGGACCUCGUGUUCGUAGCAGCCGAGCCGUUUGAGCCGUUUUUGGUUUUAUCAUUGGAGGACGUGUCAAAUUCUAAAAAUGUGGGCCAGGCUAAGGUCCACGUGUCAUCCAUCGAGCGGAGAACAGACGAUCGAACGGAAGCAAAGUCAAGGUGGUUCAACUUAUCCAGCGAAGACGAGAGCCGUUCUUACACAGGUAGGAUCCACGUUCGAGUUUGCCUGGAGGGAGGAUAUCACGUGAUAGACGAAGCCGCUCACGUGACCAGCGACGUUCGGGCCUCCGCCAAGCAACUCACGAAGCCACCAAUUGGUUUGCUCGAGGUUGGUAUUCGCGGCGCGACCAACCUUCUCCCGGUGAAGACCAAGGACGGGACACGUGGCACCACUGACGCUUACGUGGUGGCCAAAUACGGACCCAAGUGGGUCCGAACCCGAACCAUCAUGGACCGGUUCAACCCGCGGUGGAACGAACAAUACACGUGGGAUGUUUACGAUCCUUGCACUGUGCUCACCAUUGGAGUGUUUGAUAACGGAAGAUACAAGCGGGGGGAAGAUGGAAACCCUAAUAGAGAUUGCAGAGUGGGGAAAAUUCGUGUGCGGUUGUCCACACUGGACACCAACCGGGUCUACGUAAACUCGUACUCUUUAGUCGUUUUGCUGCCAGGUGGCGCUAAGAGAAUGGGAGAGAUAGAGAUUGCAGUGAGAUUUUCAUGCUCCUCGUGGUUGAGUCUAAUGCAGGCCUAUGCAAACCCAAUUCUACCAAGAAUGCACUAUGUCCGCCCGUUCGGCCCGGCCCAACAAGACAUCUUACGCCAAACGGCUAUGAGGAUAGUAACAGCUAGGCUUGCCCGGUCUGAACCGGCCUUAGGGAAGGAAGUGGUUCAGUUCAUGCUGGACUCCGACACGCACGUGUGGAGCAUGCGGCGGAGCAAGGCGAACUGGUUCAGAGUGGUGGGAUGCUUGUCACGUGCGGCGACGCUGCUGCCUUGGGUGGACGGGAUUCGCACGUGGGUGCACCCUCCCACUACCGUUCUGGUGCACGUGCUGCUUGCAGCUAUAGUUCUUUGUCCCUACCUAGUGCUCCCCACUGUGUUCAUGUACGCGUUCUUGAUUUUACUGUUGAGGUUUCGUUACCGACAGAGGGUGCCGCAGAACAUGGAUCCGAGGAUGUCGUACGUGGACAUGGUGAGCCUGGACGAGCUGGACGAGGAGUUGGACGGGUUUCCGACGACGCGGCCGGCGGAAGUGGUGCGGAUCAGGUACGACAGGGUGCGGGCGCUUGCGGGGCGGGCGCAGACGCUGCUGGGUGACGUGGCGGCGCAGGGGGAGCGCCUGGAGGCGCUCUUCAGCUGGCGGGACCCACGUGCCACGGGGAUAUUCGCGGUGCUGUGUUUGGUUAUGUCGUUGCUCUUCUACGCGGUGCCGUUUAGGGGCUUUGUGUUGGUCGCUGGGUUCUAUUACCUGCGCCACCCGAGAUUCCGAAACGACAUGCCGUCUAUCACUGCUAACUUUUUCCGGCGACUUCCCUCGUUUGCUGAUCAGAUUAUGUGAUAAACAUUAAUAUUUUAUGUUUUAUGUUACUAUAGUUAGUUUGUAGGGAGAUUUAUUUUAUAAUUUUUAUGGGUUUUUUUUUUAUAUACUUUUUGUAAGAAUUUAAAUCUUAUCUAUUUAUUGAUUCGUUUAUUUAUUGCAUGGU